AUGCUAAAUGCUUUCAAGAUUGAUUUGAGUUUACACUCAACAGAACAAUGGCUCACCCUCACCACCCGCUCCCCUCCUGCCUCCACCAAACCAACCCCACCCACUCCGCACCCUCUCAUAACCUGCGGCCCGCGACAACCGGGGCCCACUGUCCGCGGCCGAACCCUGAGCACGGAGGCGAUCCUGGCCGUCCAAUCGGGGAUGAUUGAGGGGGCCGCGAGGUUACUGAAGGCGAUGGUGGGGGCGGGGAGGGAAGGGAGGCGAAGGAGGUUUAUGGGUUUGAUGAAGAGAGGUGGGUGCGUGCCGAACGAGUACUUGUUUGGGUUUUUGGUUAGGGGGUUGAGGAGGUUGGGGGACGAGGAGGGGGCGAAGAUGGUCGAGAGGGAUUAUGAGGAGUGGGAUGUCAACGGGAAGUGGGGGGAGGUCGAGGAGGGGGAGGAGGAGAUAGGGGUGGUAGGUGUUUGAUGAAAUGCCCAAGUGAGUUUCUUUUUUAGCUUUUCUUCAGUGGGGUUAUCUUUGAGUUUGUUUUAUUUACUAGUAGAUUGAUUUACGGUGUUUUUGGUUCCUGUAAUUGCAAAAAGAUACUGCAUCUCCAUCAUGUAGAAGAGUGUUUGCUUCGCCCCCAACUCAACAGUUGUAACUGUAGUUGCGUGCAACUGCCACAUUCCGAGUUAUUGUGAUUGCAAAAAAAAUAUUGCAUCUGCAAUAACCAGAGCACUGUUUCGUUAGCUACAACUACAAGCCUACGAUGGCAAGUAUUGUAAUUGCAGUUGCAUGCGGCUGGUACAUGUAGGGGCACUUGCUGCUAUUUAUUUCACUACAACUGCAAUUACAAAAGGAAACCUGUUUCAUUAGACUUGGGUGUAAAUCCCGCUCGCAUCCCUUUGGAGUAGCAAACGAGGUCUAAAUUAUAACUAUAACACUACAAAGUAGAACUGAACUAAGACAUUGUGAGAUUAGCAACUACAACUGCAUGUGAUAGUAACUGCUAGAUGCAUGCUACUGACAUUUGCAUUAUGAUCAUAGUUGUGACAAACCAAACAAUCCCACCUUGCUCAAAUUACAUGAGUUAGAGGUGCAAUCCAGUGUUCGGAUAGCAUUCUCAUGAUUGGUUAUUAAAAAUAAUUUAAUCCAUAAUAUCAAAUUUUUAUAAUCUUGAACAGUAAUAAAACUGGUCAAAAUAUGAUCAAUAUGACACAAUUGCUGAUGUGGAUGCUACUAGACACACAUUUUAGUAAGUAGUUGUAGUUUGACUCAUUUGGAUAUAACUGAACUACAUGAUUUUGAGUCCAUAAUAUGAUUACAACUACAAAACGCAGAUGUAAAAUCAGCUGCCAGCAAGUGUUUCUUGUUUGCAAUUGUAAUUUGAACAUGUGCCUCCAACUACAGGCAGGCAGACACCCCGUUAAUUGUUUCAUAGGAUCUCGAAAAGUAUUGAUUACAGAUAUGGGUAGUAAAAUAGAUGUUUGUAGUUACUUCACCAACAAUGAAUUAAGAAAAUCUCUAGUUUUCAGAAGUUAUGUCGAGCUAGAUGAGUGACUUGGAGAGUGAGAAUGUGGUCUGUAAAGAAGGUUUAAAGUUAUAGAUGAUGAUGUCUAUUAAAGUCAAUAAAAGAUAGGAAUCAAGUAAAAUAUGGUGCAUGUAGUAGAAAGUAUCUGUUAUUGGAAGUGAAAAUGCAUCAUCAACUAAAGAAUUUAUAAGUACUAGGUUAUGUUUCAUGCAACCAGAGCAAUUGCAACUCUAUAAAAUUUAAAAUUGCAUCUAAAGCUUUCUAAAUUUGCAAAAUUUUAAAAUUGCAACUAUAGCUUUCUAAAUUUGCUAUCUGCCCCCCAUGGUUUGCUUUAUGUCUUUCCCGUAUGAUAUAUGUGUCGCAAUAAGUACUAGAUCAUCUGUUCCCUCUCUUAUGUCUAUAUGGUUAGCUAUUAAACAAUUUGAUUUGGAUUCUUGUGAUCUCUAUCCUUCUCUUUUUUAUUAUGGACGGCUAAUUUUCAUCUAAUUGAGAAUAGACACCCUCUACUAUAACCAAUUGUGGAUAGAGCCCCUGCAGUUCCAUUGGUACGGAUAGGCCCCCUUGUAGUGUUUACCCAAAUGCGGAUAGAUCCCCU